GCAGCCUCGCCCGCGGGGACCCGCGACCGCCGCCGGCCACGCCGAGGGUCGCAGGCGGCCACGCGGAGGGAGGAGCGGCGCCUCGGCAGACCUGCGGGAACCAGCUCAGAGACCCCAGCGGAGACGGCCGUGUAGCUGACGGGGCCAGCAUGGAGCGCAUGAGAGGACGCAGGAAGGAUGAGGACCUGGAGAAGCUGGUGAACGACAUGAACACGUCCUUGGAGAGCCUGUACUCGGCCUGCAGCAACAUGCAGUCGGACACGGUGCCCCUGCUGCAGAACGGCCAGCACACCCGCAGCCAGCCACCUGCCGCGAGUGCCCGGCCCGCCCCACCGCAGGCAUCCCCGCGGCAGAAGGUGCAGCGCUCCCAGCCCGUGCACAUCCUGGCUGUCAGCAGGCGCCUUCAGGAUGAAGACCCGCAGUUCCGAACCUCUUCGCUGCCGGCCAUCCCCAACCCCUUCCCAGAGCUGAGCGGCCCUGGGAGCUCCCCGGUGCUCCCGCCGGCCUCUCUGCCUCCGAGCCAGCCCGUGACAAAGCAGGAUGUCAAGGUCUUUAGUGAGGAUGGGACAAGCAAAGUGGUGGAGAUUCUGACGGACAUGACAGCCCGGGACCUGUGCCAGCUGCUGAUUUACAGGAGUCACUGCGUGGAUGACAACAGCUGGACCCUGGUGGAACACCACCCACACCUGGGACUCGAGCGGUGCUUGGAAGACCAUGAGCUGGUGGUCCAGGUGGAGGGCACCAUGGGAAGUGAGGGCAAACUUCUGUUCAGGAAGAAUUAUGCAAAAUACGAGUUCUUUAGAAACCCUGUGAAUUUCUUCCCGGAACAAAUGGUCACUUGGUGCCAGCCGUCCAAUGGAAGUCAUACGCAGGUGCUGCAGAACUUUCUGAACGCCAGCAGCUGCCCUGAGAUUCAAGGAUUUCUGCAUGUGAAAGAGCUGGGAAGAAAGUCGUGGAAGAAGCUGUACGUGUGCCUGCGCCGCUCUGGCCUCUACUGCUCCACAAAGGGAACAUCCAAAGAACCCAGGCACCUGCAGCUGCUUGCUGACCUGGAGGAGAACAACAUCUUCUCCCUGAUUUCUGGGAAGAAGCAGUACAGUGCACCCACGGACCACGGGCUCUGCAUAAAGCCAAUCAAAGUGAGGAAUGAAAUCAAGGAACUGCGACUGCUAUGCGCAGAGGAUGAGCAAAGCCGAAUAUGCUGGAUGACUGCGUUCCGUCUCCUUAAGUAUGGAAUGCUCCUGUACCAGAACUAUCGCAUCCCUCAGCAGAGGAAGGGCUUGCUGGCACCCUUUGCAACACCAGUGCGCAGUGUCUCUGAGAAUUCUCUUGUGGCAAUGGAUUUUUCUGGGCAAACAGGAAGAGUCAUUGAGAAUCCAGCUGAAGCCCAGAGUGCUGCCCUGGAGGAGGGCCAUGCCUGGAGGAAGAGAAGCACCCGGAUGAACAUCUUAUCUAGCCAAAGUCCCCUCCACCCUAACUCCUUCAGCACCGUGAUCCACAGGACCCAGCACUGGUUCCAUGGGAGGAUCUCCAGGGAGGAGUCCCACAGGAUCAUCAAGCAGCAAGGGCUUGUGGAUGGGCUUUUCCUGCUUCGUGACAGCCAGAGUAAUCCAAAGGCAUUUGUACUCACACUGUGUCAUCACCAGAAAAUUAAAAACUUCCAGAUCUUACCUUGUGAGGAUGAUGGGCAGACCUUCCUCAGCCUGGAUGACGGCAACACCAGGUUCUCCGACCUGAUCCAGCUGGUUGACUUCUACCAGCUGAACAAAGGGGUCCUGCCUUGCAAACUCAAGCACCACUGCAUCCGAGUGGCCUUAUGACCUCCCACCUGGAGGCCGUUCACACUGGAGCGAGGAAGAGGUCUGCGCGUGUAUUGAGAAUAUUUCUGUACCAUCAGAGCGAGAUGGUUCCUCCGGUACCAGCCAACCAGGAGGGACUUGUUUGUUGAAUUGACAUUUUCCUGCCGCACACCUGGCGGGACCAUGGCCCUUUGUAUCAUCCAAAUCAGAAAGGGCCUGAGAAAUCCAGCGCAAGUUGGAAAAAUAAACUGGAAAGAUCAUCUUGGCUGGGCCACAUCAGAACAAGAACCGGAGAGAAGGAAUUGGAAACGAACUCUUGCCCUGGAGUAAUCUUGACAAUUAAAACUGAUAUGUUUA